AUGGCUUCCACAGGGAAAGCAAAGGAACAUGCGAUAUUACCUCCCGAUGCCUUCAAAUAUCUGAAUUCCAUCAAACUUCACCGACCCGACCUUCUCGACCUCCGGAAGCGUGACCGCUCCUUCGACCAUAUACCUCCUCCCAGCCACCGGGUGAUGGUGUACAAGGCAGAGCUUGAGUCCGAAAGGACUCUGAGCACGAUAAAGAAUGCGUAUGAAUGGAUUCCAUACUACACGGAUUGUUGUUUCAAAGAACUUCUUCAAUGGCUUCACCGGUUCGACUUCACUCAAGACGACGAAUUGGAUUUCGCCGGAUUUCUUAGUAAGAUUCUGCGCAGUCAUACGCCGGGUGAUCCAUAUCAUACACCUAUCUUUGAGACUCAAACUCACGAAUUUGAGCUCAUAGGUGGAUACCUUGCACCAAUGAAUGCUGCCGCCGAAAAUAAACCUUUUACAGAUGUCAAGGAUGAGAAGUUCAUGCGGAGGAUCCAUGAGUUCAAACCAGCUCUUCAAGUAGAGUGCGACUCUGGUGCCGAAGAAAGUAUUCUCCCUCUGCGAUUCGGCCUCCCUAUAGGAAAAGUAGUGUGCUCUAAAAAGGAACAGGUACUACGGGGUGAAGAUUUUUUUGAAUGGGGUUAUACUCCAUUUCAUCUUGUCUUCCAUCCAAUUGACAAGAGCUUUUGGAUGGUGGUAGAUCGCUACCGGGACUGGGACGGCCGGCUCUGUUUGGAUGACGACGACGAGCCAUAUUAUCAGGACAACGAAGAAAUAGCGUGGACACUACGCAGCCGACUUGGGGAGUCCAUCGUGAUGGCCGAGGCAUUCCGCCUAGGGUCAAAGGAUUUUUGGUUCCCCCAAGGGCUCGGUCUAAUUGAGACAGAAAAGCAGGCUCGUCCGCUCGACGGCGCCGUAGGCUUCGAUGGCAACAAGUCUGAAGAACCACUACUUCGAUACGACAGAAACGUUCCGCGGCCAACUAUUGAAUUAUCCAGCCUUCCAAGGGUAUCGCUGUUUCGAGACACAGAUCCCCUACAAGUUCACUUGGCAACUCACACCUGCUUCCAGCGCUAUCUUGCAGAAAACGGGGUGGUGCAAGGACAAUCAUGGCUCAGUUUGUCACCAGUGCCUAUUUAA